AUGGUCAAGAUUGCGAUAGCUGGCGGCUCUGGGAAUGUCGCACAGGAGAUAAUUGAUGUUCUACUGGAGACUAAGAAACAUGAGAUCAUUAUCAUGUCGAGAAAGAGGGAUUCGGGUGCAGAGGCUAUCUCAGGCAUAACAUGGGUCCAGACAGACUACAAGGACCCAGACCAGCUAGCACAGAUAUUGCAGGGAGUCCACACCCUGCUUUCUUUCGCUACAGAGCAGGAUGAUCCAAAUAGUCCAGUACAAAAAAGGCUUAUCGACGCUGCAGUUCAAGCAGGUGUGAAGCGCUUUGCGCCUAGCGAGUGGGCUACAUCCGGGUUGGAGCAUCUUGGAUGGUACGGCUACAAAGGUGAAAUCCGCCGAUACCUUAGAGAGCUGAACAGGGACAAAAAGGUCCUGCAAUACACGCUGUUCCAACCUGGCUUGUUUGUGAAUUAUUUGACUCGUCCUUACAAGACAACCAAGCACAUUCACCAGAUCGAAAUUCCAUUCGAUUUCGCAAACCGACGAUUCAUCACCAUUGAUGGCAGCGAUAAUGAUCAAAUUACCCUCACUACAGUGAAGGAUCUCGCCAAUGUCGUCGCCAGAGCCAUUGAUUUUGAGGGUGAGUGGCCGGUUGUCGGGGGUAUUCAAGGUACCAAUAUUUCGCUCGGUCAGCUUUUGGCUCUCGGUAAAACAGUGCGCGGAGGCCUUCCAUUCCUCGUUGAGAGGGUGAAAGCAGAAGAACUCAAAGAUGGGACAUGGCAAACCUCAUGGGUUCCGAUAGUCGACCAUCCUUCGAUCCCACCAGACCAGCUUGAUGUGUUCUCAAGAAUUGGCGUCGCCGGAAUUUUGUUGGCUUUUUCUGCAAAGGCAUUUGUUGUCUCAGAUGAGUGGAAUCAACUUCUGCCAGACUACAAGUUCACUCAAGCGGAAGAGUUCUUGGCUUCGGAGUGGAGUGGUAAGCCAUGA